AUGGAGACGCGUCUUCGUGCCCUUGUAAAAAUAAUAAAAGGUCUCAGAGAAAACCUUACAGACAAACUAGCCAUCAGGAGACACAUCGAUUCUACGAUUGAAGAGAUGAGAAAAGCUAUAUGGGCGACAUUCUUUCAUAAAAUUUCAACGGACGAGAAACCGCAGCAUCAUUAUUGCUCACCCGGAGAAGAAUCAGGGUGCUCGUGGCAGCGAGCGUGUGCUAUCAACAACUUGAAUGAAUACAGACAUAAGCCUGCUCUUUCUAAAAUUUUUAAUCUGGCAAUAAAGGAACUACCAGAAGUCUCAGCUGAUGCUAAAAGGGCAUUAUGUGGAGAAAUAGUAAGCUCAGCUGUACCUCUAUGCAUAGAAAUUUCUCUAAAAACAGUAGAGGGUGACAAGAUGGUUUUAGAAACUUGGAGCCUCAGCGUUUUGCCAGAGCAAAGCGAUCCGGCUGUACGAGUAACAUAUACUGUGUAUAACAGAAUGGGGAUUUUAUUGAAGUCCUUGCUUUCCGUAUCAAGAGUUACGCCUGCUUACAAAUUGAGCAGACGUCAAGGACCUGACUCUUAUACCAUGUGCUAUCGAAUAUACAUGGGAGAGCCUCAGCUAUAUAAUUUAGGUGAUAACUAUAAACAUGUAAGAGUAGGUCAAUUGUGUACUCCAGUAGGCACUAUACAUCUAUCAGUCUCUUAUAGAACAAAAAUGACUAUAUCGCCCACUCAUAAAGGACGAGAUUCUAUCAUGCUUAAAAGCGAUCAUUUUCAUUCGGAUUUAAGUCCCCGUCAUGCACGAUAUCAACAAAGCGAAGAAACGUCAAAAUCACUUAGUGACACCAUUAAAGUUGGUGCAUUUGUAAUAAACAAGCCUGUUAUUGUCAAUGAGGAAGAUCUCGUGAUACCAGAUGUACCAUUCAGUUCGCUAUUAACACCCAAACAAACGUCGCCUCCUCCAAUAUCACUAGUAAAACCUAGUACAAAGACUACAAUGGCAGCUAUUACAACUGAUAGCAACAAUGGAAAUAACGAGAGACUUAAUAAUGAUAAUACAACUUCGAAAUGCACAUCCCAAAACGGAUCUAGAAGGAGUAGUUGUUCAAUGACUAGCGCCAACGAUGAUUUUAUUAUGGUAGAUUUGAAAACUCCCUUCGCUGUCACGAAUACCAAUAGUGAUGUAGGAGCGUUUUAUCGAGAGUGUCAAAGCGCUCCGCAAUUGCAAGCCUUUAUGGAAGAAAGGACGCUUGCGGAACAAUUGGGAGAUCUCACUAAACAAUUGGAAACAUUUGAGACAAACAUGCAACACUACGAGGACAUUUUGUCAUCUUUGUAUCACACAGAAAAUAAUAAUUAAAAUUGAAGAGUCUGCUGACAAGUAACCAAUUUAAGCAGAUUCGAUUGUACACAGCUUUUGUGUACAAAUCAAUCAUUACAGUGGAUGUACAUUAAAUGAACAACAUAUUUCGUUUUCUAUGCUGAUUCAUUUUCUAUUCUUCUCAUGUUUGUAAUAAAUAUUUCGAUAAAUUUGGUAUUUUCUGCACGUGCAACGAAACUAUGAUAAAGAUGCCCGACGAUUACUGCAUCGACGGUUUUUUAUUAUAAUCACUGAUUUAACCCUUCGUAGUUAUUGGGACCCCAAAAAGGUGUGAGGCUUUCUAAGGUUAUUUUUUAAAACAGAACUUAAACUACCAUUUAUCUGAAGUUUAAAAUUUUCGCUCUUUU